GCGGCGGCGGCGGCGGCCAUGGAGGGGUGCCCUGGGCUGCGCAUCCGUGAGGGGGACUGCGCCGUCCUCAAGCGCGGCGAGGUCUUCAAGGCUGUGCCCGUCCUGCGCCGCAGGCCAUCUGGCAUGGCGGGAAGCGCCUGCACCCCAGCAGGAAUUGCUAAAAUCAAUGGACACAGCCUGGGCUUCUCCCUAUUGCAGCAGACAAAUUUAUAGACCAAGGUGUAGAAGUCAGUGUUGGGUAAUGUGGCCAGACACAUCUGAUUCAGUAGGAUGGAGAUUUGAAGAAAAAUUAUUUUUGAGAAGCAGUGGUUCUACCUGGAUAAUGCCAUUGGACAUAUUUAUGGAACUACAUUUGAAGUAACCAACGGUGGAAACCUCCAGCCAAAGCAAGAGGUGGAAGAGACUACCACAGAAACAAAGGAAGCAGGUACAGAUAAUCGUAACAUAGUUGACGAUGGGAAGUCUCAAAAACUGACUCAUGAUGACAUAAAGGCUUUGAAGGACAAGGGUAUUAAAGGACAGUGGUCCCUCCAGAUGGAAUCUGAAAGUAUGAGGAAGAGUUGGAUUGGCAAAGGUUGGAGACUAGAAUAAAGAGACCAGGAAACCAACACUGGAAGCCUGGGAAAACCUAGAAGCUAGAGAAGGAAAAAGGGAAAUAGUUCAACAGUUAAUAGAGAACAGUACAACAUUCAGAGACAAAACAGAAUUUGCUCAAGAUAAAUACAUAAAGAAGAAGAAAAAAAAAUAUGAGGCAGUUAUUACAAUUGUGAAACCAUCCACUCGCAUUCUUUCAACAAUGUAUUAUGCAAGGGAACCUGGAAAAAUUAACCACCUCAGAUAUGACACCCUGGCUCAGAUGCUUACCCUGGGAAACAUCCACGCUGGCAACAAGAUGAUUGUUAUGGAAACAUGUGCCGGCCUCGUGCUGGGAGCCGUGAUGGAGCGAAUGGGGGGCUACGGAUCCAUCAUUCAGAUGUAUCCAGGAGGAGGACCUGUGAGAGCUGCUACCAGUUGUUUUGGAUUUCCAAAACCUUAUUUUGACAAUCUUCAUGAAUUUCCUCUCAGCAAAGUGCACAGUCUCCUCUCUGGGACAUUUUCUACAGAGACUCUGCCUUCAGAUCCUGAAGAUAAUGCACUGGUGGAAGAAGAAAGCAAUGGAUUGACUGAUGAGAAACAGACUUCCCUGCAGGAAACAGAAGAGGAACCUGCUACUGAAGCACCUAUGGAGAUCAACCAAGCAGAAGAGCAAGAAACAAUGUACAUUAAUACUGAAGAUGUAGAAUUUAAAGAGAACAAAGAGAAAGAAAAUAAAGAAAAUGUUCGGGAAAAGCAAAUGAAACAAUGGGAGAGAAGAAAAAAGCUCACAGAAGCUGCUGCGUUGUUGAGGGAAAAGAAUGCUGAUGGCCUAAUUGUAGCCAGCAAGUUUCAUCCCACACCCUUAUUACUGUCUUUAUUGGAAUUUGUUGCUCCUUCAAGGCCUUUUGUUGUCUACUGCCAGUAUAAAGAGCCAUUAUUAGAAUGUUACACAAAGCUGAGAGAAAGAGGUGGAGUCAUAAACCUAAAGCUGUCUGAAACCUGGCUACGAAACUACCAGGUCUUACCAGAUCGAAGCCAUCCAAAACUGACAAUGAGUGGAGGUGGAGGGUACCUUCUGUCUGGCAUCACUGUUGUCUUGGAUAAGGGCAAAUCUGACUCCAGUAAUUUAGAAGCACUGAAGAUGGAGGAGCCAUCACCUAAAAGAUGCAAAGUUCAAGACCUUCACUGUUAACAUUUGGAGAAUUGAUUUGGUUUUUUAGGCCUCAGGAGUCUUACUGUUAGUAAAAUGCCUAUACUUUCAGUGCUCUUGACAGCACAGAAAUUGUACCUGUCACACACCUGUCAGAAAAAGCAGCAGAACUGUGUGGUGGGAGGAUUGUCUCAACUCCUUAGCAGUUUACAUGAUCUGAACGUGAAAAAGAACCCCUGGAAGCAAACAGCACACUGAAAUCACUGUAAUUUCAGAAAAAAAGGAAGAUAAAGCAUCAGUGAAGGCAUUCUGUUUGUUUGUUGCCAAAGUCAAAUAUGACGUAGGUUUUUAAAAGGUUGAGUCCGAAUCAACAUAUCUAACUUAGCUUUCCAUUUUCCUGGAGCAGCAUCAGAGAAUUCUCAUCAGCAUUCUGUGUGAUCUGCUCCCCCUUUGGACACAGAACUCGGCUGUUUUCAGUAAUUUAAGAAAGUAGAAUGAAGAGAAGAAAAAAAAAUCAUACCCUUUUUUUUUCUGAAGGAACAAUAAAAAGAGAAAAUUAAUGUUAGACAUGACCCCAUGUUUCCCUGAAAUAAAUACAGAAGAGAAAGUGCAUGUUCUUAAAUUAAAAUACUGAGUAUUUAAACAGAAUGUCUCUAUUAGUAUUGUCUGUCAUUUUCUUGAGAGUUGUUAUAUAUUUUUAAGAUACAUCUAUUUUGAAAACUGCUAUAUGUAUAUAUAUUUAUUCUACUGUUUGAUCUUUCAAGAUGUCAGCUUUUUUAUGGAUUUUUUUUUUUAACUUUGCAUUUGCCAUGUCAAUUAAACUGCAGGGUGUUUUUCCUAAUGAGAUUUAUCUUCUUUUUCUUACUUUCCCCUCUUGUUGGAAAUAAAAAGGUCUAGCACAGGCUUCAGGAGAACACCUUUGCUGUCUGCACCCCAUUGCGCCCCUGGUCAGAGCUUUAGGUCCACGUGGGAGCUUGUGGGGCCAGAAGGACUUGGCUUCUGCUCUUGAACUUACUUAUCAGGUUCUGGACUGACUGGACAGACUCUGGAGACUCUCUCUGAGGACAACAGGCACAGGGUAUUACAGCUUUUAUCUACUGCUGGGUUUUGCAAACUUUCCAGUGUUGUUUUUCUACUUUUAUGGGAAGUUUCUUUCUCUUUUCUUCUCCUACUUCUGUGAAAAACCCAUCAGUGGAGAGGAUGCAGGUCUCACCAUCUCCUCUGUUCCACCUGCCCCGUGGAUCUGAAAAAUGUGCUUUGCCUGUCUCACCCUUCCAUUCAGUGCCAAGCGUGGCAGAUCACAUGAGAGAACAGAAGUGUGAUGUGUGGUUCCUAGGCAGCUUUUUUUUUUAAAUUCUGGAUUUCUUAAGUUCUCUGAAGAACUAGCAGCGAAAAGCUGGAUGUACGUCCACACUGAAGGGAAACCGGGACUUUGAAAGCGGCCAACACCCAGUACACGAUGAAAUCCUGAGAGAACACAGCUUAGAGCAACGGACAGGACCCUGGAAGCUUGGGAAAGGAUGAAAUCCACAUAAGCCAGGAGACUCAUAAUGAAAAACUAUCUUCUGCUUCGUUUCUCUUACCUGUAAAGCAGGCACAGGUACUUCUCUGCCACUUCUGUUGGGCUGGCAGGUACACGAGUGGCCUGUCUUAACGGAGCUACAAAGAUGUGAAAACUUACCCAGUAAAAGGUGAACUACCAGCAUGUUUUAAAUCCUGCCUAUCAUAUACACUGUGGCAAUAAAAAUAACAGCACGAGGAAAAAGAAUUAUUUGUAUAAUUAAAAGAUCAGUUUGAGAAAUAGACAGUAUUGGAACACCUGAGAGGUUGGCUUAGAUCAAAGCCAAAUAGGCUGCGUUUCACCAGCAUUAACACAAACACGGCCUCGAUCCUGAAUUGUGGUUCCCAGUUUCCAAGUGAGCCACAAUGCUUGUACCAAGGAAAAACAAUAAGGGGAAAGAAAGAAA